UUUUAGUUUUCGGCCGAGUAAUAAAUAUUUGUCGCGUUUUGUACUCUUUUUCCUUUUUUUGAAUAGUCGCGAUCUAGCGUGAUUUCCACUUUCAGUUAGUGUGGCAAGUGUGACAAUAUCUUGUUGCGCUAUAAGCAAAUUCAGGAGAGAAACUUUUUUUGGUGGCUUCAAUUUUAGUUACUCCAGGGUUUGUCUUUUUCGGUUUUGGACUUGGAAAAACAAUUUCCACCAUGCACAAGCUAUACAUUGGGAAUCUAGGCGACAGCGUUACUGCCGAGGACUUAGGAAAAACCUUUGACGACCACAAGAUCCCAUACUCCGGACAGUUUCUAAUGAAAACCGGCUAUGCGUUUGUGGAUUGUCCGGACGAUCAGUGGGCCAUGAAGGCAAUCGAAACGUUUUCUGGUAAAGUGGAGCUUCAUGGGAAACGCAUUGAGGUCGAGCACUCCGUCCCCAAGAAGCAAAGGACCAGGAAACUGCAGAUCAGAAACAUCCCGCCUCACCUACAAUGGGAGGUGCUGGAUGGUCUGUUGGCUCAGUGUGGGACUGUAGAGAACUGUGAACAAGUGAACACAGACAGUGAGACUGCAGUGGUUAAUGUCACAUAUGCAUCCAGGGAGCACGCCAGGCAAGCCAUCCAGAAGCUGAACGGAUACCAGUUUGAGAACAACGCCUUGCGCGUCUCCUACAUCCCCGAUGACAUCUCUGAGCUGGAAGGUCAGCGGGGGCCCGACAAUGGCCGUCGCCCUGGCUACGGGCCCCGCGGGCCCCGUGGUGGGUCCCCGAGCUCCGGGAUGCCCUCCAAACCGCCGCACGCCGACAUCCCUCUGAGGCUGCUGGUGCCCACACAGUACGUCGGAGCCAUCAUCGGCAAGGAAGGGGCCACCAUCCGCAACAUCACCAAGCAGACGCAGAGCAAGAUUGAUGUUCACCGUAAAGAGAACGCCGGUGCUGCAGAGAAGCCGAUCAGCAUCCACUCCACCCCCGAGGGCUGCUCCGCCGCCUGCCGCAUGAUCCUGGACAUUAUGCACCAGGAGGCUAAAGACACCAAAACAGCUGAUGAGGUUCCUCUGAAGAUUCUGGCUCACAACAACUUUGUGGGACGCCUCAUUGGGAAGGAGGGACGCAACCUGAAGAAAGUCGAGCAGGACACAGACACCAAGAUCACCAUCUCCCCGCUCCAGGACCUGACGCUGUACAAUCCAGAGAGAACCAUCACAGUGAAAGGCUCUAUUGAAGCCUGCUGCCUGGCCGAGGUGGAGAUCAUGAAGAAGGUCAGGGAGGCCUACGAGAAUGACAUUGCUGCUAUGAAUCAACAGACCCACCUGAUCCCUGGUCUCAACUUAGGUGCUCUGGGCCUCUUCCCCUCUUCCUCCAACAUGCCCCCACCCCCACCUGGAAAUGCAGUCUCUGGUGCCCCCUAUGGCUGUUUUGGGUCUCAAACAGACAUUCAGGUUGUGUAAUAAAGUGUUUGCUUUGUGCGUCUUCAGGCUCCAGAGCAGGAGACGGUCCACGUCUACAUCCCAGCGCAGGCUGUGGGAGCCAUCAUCGGAAAGAAGGGACAGCACAUCAAACAGCUGAGCCGCUUCGCCGGGGCCUCCAUCAAGAUCGCCCCAGCUGAAACUCCAGACUCUAAAAUGAGGAUGGUGAUUGUGACAGGACCCCCCGAGGCUCAGUUCAAGGCUCAGGGCAGAAUCUAUGGCAAACUGAAGGAGGAGAACUUCUUCGGGCCGAAGGAGGAGGUCAAACUGGAGACUCACAUCAAGAUGGCUGCCGCCGCUGCAGGGAGGGUCAUUGGAAAAGGAGGCAAGACAGUGAACGAGCUGCAGAACCUGACAGCAGCCGAGGUGGUGGUCCCCAGGGAACAGACGCCUGAUGAAAACGACCAGGUCAUCGUCAAGAUCAACGGACAUUUCUAUGCCAGCCAGCUGGCUCAGAGGAAGAUCCGGGACAUCCUGACCCAGGUCAAACAGCCACAGAAAGGCGGGAUGGGCCCCAGCCCUAAUCCCCAGGGCUUCACAGAGAUGGGCAGUCCUACACAGGGUCUGACUCAGGAGCACCAGCCACGCAGGAAGUGAGGGUCCCCGCAUCCUCCUCAAACGCCGUGGGGCACCCCCUGCCUGACGGACAGACAGACAGACAGACACAUGCACGGACGCAUAGACAGACGGACGGAUACAGGAGAGCGACACACGGACCCAGCGAUAGACAGGGAGAGAUAUAAAGAGGGAGGGAGUACGCCCGAUAGCCAGAGAGAAAGAUAGGUGUUUAGAGAAGGAGAGAUGAAUAAAAUCAAAAGAUGAAAUGAAUAAAAAAGAGGAUUAAGAUUAAAAGAAACUUGAGAACAGAGACCAGAUGCCAGGCCAGAAGAGACACUGAUUGAAGAUGGAGGGAUAAAGGAAAAGAGGGACGGAGAGAGGGAGAGGUGGUGUCCUCCUAGUGUGCCUUGGUAGGGCAGCAGCCAGCCCCUCGUCUGUUGAAACUUUGAACAGAUCCUGCGUCAGACAGGUUUAAACAACACGCCACAACAUUAUUCACCCUGUAAGGUGGAGCCUUACUGCUGUUGUUUACACCUGUCCACAUGGGUUCAGAUCUGCUGCAGAGGGCUGAGGCUGGCUCCACAGAUCUGUGUUUCCUCAGACACACUAGUAGGGGCCCAUUUACACCCUCUGCUGCCUCCUACAGACCUCUCCAACCAUCUGCAGUCAGUCCUAUAUUUUAAGGGUGGUUUUUUUUAAACAUAGAGAUAUAUGUAUAGAAAUGUUUUAUUCAGAGCUAUUAUUGAUAAUAUGCAGUGAGGCGGAGCCGGGAGAGGGAGCAGGGGAAACUGCUGCAGAGGCACAGAGGGAUAGGUCACAGGUCUGGCACUAGCCCCACCCACCCCUAACCCCUGAGCCAAUGAGAGUCUGGAAGAGGGGCCGCAGAUGUUAACACUGCUCUUUAAAGACCUCUCUGAAUAGCGGAGAGAUUAGAAAAAAAGAGAAAAAAGAAGAAAAUAUGAGGUUGUAAAUAUAUAAUCUUCAUGUAAAUGUUAAGAAAUGCUGCGUCUGGCCGCCUUGCCUUUCUUUCAAAGGGGUCCUCCGUAUAUUUCCCAGCCCCUCGUCUAUGAAAUGUAGCAAACUGUAACCUACAACAGGGCCCGGGGCUGGGGAGGCACUGAGCACCCCCCUCCACAUUCAGCUGUGUGGUGGAAGGCGCAGCAAGAGACAGUAAGGGGAGCUGAGGUCGCAGCUGGUCCUGCAGUUCUAUUGCAGCGGCUUAGCUCACACAUGUGAAACCUUUAUGAAAACAACUGUAGAAAAAUGCCAGCAGCUAUGCUAGCUGGCUAGCGGCCCGCACCUUAA